AUGACUCGUCCCUCAUCAGUGGUCGUAUCUCGCAACGGCGGUCCAUCUGCUGCUGCUCCCGCUUCCUCAGCAGCAAAACCCUCAGCAUCCUCCGCAGCAGCAGCAGCAGCAGCAGCAGCAGCAGCAGCAGCAGCAGGAGACGGCGAAGACAUUCGUUUUAGUUGUCUUCUUGGUGUGCUGCUGGCUUUCCCUCUCCCUGACGAAGCAGCAGCAUUUGGGCCUCUUGCUGCUGAAACACCGCCCGCGCUGCUGCCCAUCAACGGCCUCCCUCUUAUUGAAUAUGCUGUUGAGUUCAUGCAGAGAAACGGUGUGAGUGAUUUAUAUAUUUUAGCGCGAGACGAUGUGGGUGGCCGGGCUGUUGCUGCAGCAGUGCAGCGGCUGCAGCAGCGGCAGCAGCAGCAGCAGCAGAACUGCACCAGCAGCAGCAGCAGCAGCAGCAGCAGCAGCAGCAGCAGCAGCAGCAGCAAACAACGCCUCAUGCGGCUGCACUGCCUGAUGCUGCCCCCCAACGUGGAGACCGCCGGCGACGCGCUGCGCGCGUUCGAUUCCCUCGUUGACCGUUUAUAUUAUUAUCUGGUUCUACACUGGCUGUGGGUGACCUUCGUGCUGCAGUAG